AUCUACUGAGCUCUCUUGAUUCGCUCCUGCAACCAGAACCUACUGAGGCAUCGUGCCCAUCGAAACUGUACAUACAGCAGUCCCCGGCACAAAAUCAACAUGGCAUUCCGCAGCACAGCAGAGGAAAUGGAGAGACUCCAGCUAUCAGAUGACGACACAGAGGAUCUUUGGAACUCUCCCUCAAAGCGUGGAGCACACAAGAAAUUCGACUCCCCACCCUCUGACAAAAAAAUCACACCGGAACCUCGAGCUUCCCAUGAUAGUGGGGAUCCUCUAUUCGAUCGCAAAGAAGCGCGAGAAGCCGCACUCCACACCGAAUUGCAGGGUGUGCGGAACAUCAACGAAGUUAUUGAAGGACUAUUGAGUAGCCUUGACUCUGCAAAAGGAAAUAUGGAGACGGUAUCGCGAACGGUCACCUCGGCAUCCACCCUCCUAAAUACUUGGACCCGCAUUCUCUCUCAAACCGAGCAUAACCAGCGAUUGAUCCUUAACCCCAAUUGGCAAGGUGCUACCCAGGAUGUUGCCGAUAUCGAAAACGAAGCGAUCCAAAGGCAGCAAGCAGCGGAGAGACGUGAACAGGCACUUCAACAACAAAGAGAGGCAGCAGCACGCAAAGCGCAGGAAAUGGAAUCGAGACGCACACAGGCUACAAGGGGCACUCGGGGCACUCGGGGAACCACCAGAGGUACAGUUCGAAGCACUGGCUUGGGCAGAACCCCGAGUGUCAGUAGUACAUCGCGAACGGCAACCCGAGGCUCCUCGGCAACCAGUCGGGCAGGCAGUGGGAUCGCGCGGGGAAGUGGAAUCUCACGCAACGAAUCUCCAGAUAUUGAGCGUGCUCUAUCUCCUCCAAAUGAUGGCUAUCGCGUGUCUCCAAACCUCCGCUCCCCGCGAGCUUCGCUCGAUGCACAUGUGAAUGUAUUCACCAGUCACAGUUACCCCGGCGCGGGCGUUGCGACUCCAGGGCCUUUUGAGACAAGUCUCCCCCUCCGAAUUGAGGUGGAGGCUAUGCUAGCCUAUUUACUUCUGCCCCCGGUCGGAGGUGUACUAUUGUUGCUUAUUGAGCACAACAGUGACUACGUGCGGUUCCAUGCUUGGCAGUCGAGCAUGUUAUUCGCUACCAUGUUUGUCGUUCACCUCCUCUUCUGCUGGUCCAGCUUCCUUUCAUGGACACUUCUCAUCAUCGACCUUCUACUCAUUGGCUUCCUCGGCAUGCAUGCCUAUCAAGACGUCGACACCUUGGACCACUUCGAGGUUCCUAUCUUUGGUCGACUGGCCAACUCUUUCGUUGAUGAUGAAUGA